CGACUUCCCUGAGUCGCUGAAGCUGUGAGGAUGAGGGGAAGGUGGCUGCUUCUUCGUCUGCGUGGUCCUUCUCGCCGUGCGAUCUUUGGACUGCCAUUGUGCAGUGGGUGGUGCAAGUCGCGCGGUGGAGUGACAGCAAGAAUCGAAUUGUGUUUAGCGCCCACCCCUCCUUUGGCGGGCCCCCCGCGCACGGUCUCCCCGUCAAGGGGCCCGUGCGCGGGGGGCGUGGGGGUCUAUCUACGAGUGCUACUCAUGACCUCCCCCAGCAUGACCUCCCCCAGCAUGACCCCUCCCUUCAACAGCACGACUUCGACGAGCAGCAAUACGACCCCAACGAGCGAGAAUGGGGGGAGGGAUAGAGACGGUAAGGGCUCGCUCACCUUCCCCUCGCUUAUAUACCCGCUGCCGCGCGAUAAGCGAGCCGAGUACCGCAGCCUGCGACACCUUGGCACCCCUCCCCUAGUACGCUAGGUGUCAGUUUGUUCGCGUCCGACGAGACCGAGGGGUAGGUGGCAACUUGGCGACGGCCAUCUCCCUCUCCGUGCUGAGAAGGGGCUUUGCACCGCUUGUCAUGGUGAUUCAGAUGAGGGGAUGUGGUGGGGAGGGGGCCCACCGACUCGCCCUUCCCCUCGCCCCUCAGCUCGUGUAGACACCCCUUCACGCUAUCCAUGCCCCCCGACGAGUGCGGCAGUUGCGCCUUCCGCUCACGAAAAUGUCCGCGAACCUUCGCAGGCCCCGAACAAGGGCUAGAUAGUACCUCGUCAACGUCCCCGAUGUAGUACGAUACGCGGAAUAGAAGUUUUUUUCGUCCC